AAUGGCGGCCGAAGACAGUGGAGAGGGCGCCUCUUGACAGCUCCAAGAGCCGCUGGAUCUGUUUCGCCGCCUCAGUGUUGUUAUGGGCCUAUUGGCCCUAACAUGGCAGUCCCCUCAGGCGCUUUUCCUUUUCCUUUUCAGGCCUUUCGAAGGCAAGACGGGAAGCAGUCACUCAAGCUGUAUGAAGGCGGCAGGACAAAUCAGCAUGGAGUUCUGUCUCUGACAGUGUUGUAAGGGCAUAAAGACCAGUAUUGCCUAAUGGAUAUAUGGAACAGAACAAAGAUUUGGUGGAUUCAAGUGAUAAUGUUUCUGAAGUUUACUGAUUUUUCUGUUGGGGUUCCUUGGUGUUUUUUUAAAAACAUAAAGUUUUGAUGUGUGCAUCUUAAGGAUAUCUAAUGUCUAGAAACAAUAUUUAUCUGGAUGUCGCCAGCAUUUCCCAUGUUGACAGUUCUGAGCAUGUUUUACUAUAUUUGCCUUCGGCGCCAAGCUAGGACGGCAACAAGAGGAGAGCAAAUGACCAACCGGCGAGCCAUUGAAUCAAACAGAACCUUACCUAUUGAUGUUGAAUUAGUCCAGUAUGCCAAAGAAGUGUUGGAUUUCAGUUCUCAUUAUGGUAGUGAAAACAGCAUGUCAUAUACCAUGUGGAAUUUGGCAGGAACUCCUAAUGUGUACCCUAGCUCUGGUGACUUCACACAGACUGCAGUAUUUAGAACUUAUGGAACAUGGUGGGAAAUGUGUCCUAGUUCACGGGCACAUUUUACAAGGACACCACCUGAUUUCCACAGUCAAGACUAUGUAGAACUUGCUUUUGAAGAACAGGUUUAUCCUACUGCAAUCCGUGUCCUGGAAACAUAUCACCCUGGUGCUGUCGUUAGGAUUUUGGCAUGUUCUGCAAGUCCCUAUUCCCAAAACCUCCCUGCUGAAGUAAGGUGGGAAACCCUUUGGUCUGAGCCACCUUCCAAGGUGAAUUCACCUCAAGCACGUCAAUUUAUGCCUAGUAUCAAACAGAUAAACUUUCCUACAAAUCUAAUUCGACUGGAAAUGAACAGUUCCCUUUUGGAUUAUUACACUGAAUUGGAUGCAGUAGUUCUACAUGGCUUAAGAGAGAGGCCUGUGCUUUCACGUAAUACUUCACUUAUUGAUAUGAAUGAUCUGGGUGAUGAUGAGGAUGAAGAGAGAAACAACUGCACUAUGGACAGCCUUAAUAAACAGUUCAGUGCUGCUGGCUUCAGGGAAUGGACAACUAAUGGAUACUUCGAUAAAUUGCCUUACGAGCUUAUCCAAUUGAUUUUGAGUCACCUUACAGUUCCAGAUCUAUGUCGACUAUCACAGACAAGCAAGCUACUAUAUCAACACUGUUGUGACCCUUUACAAUACAUUCACCUCAGUUUACAGCCUUACUGGGCAAGGAUAAAUGACACAGCACUGGAACACCUCCAAUCUCGCUGUAUCCUUGUCCAGUGGCUGAAUUUAUCUUGGACUGGGAACAGAGGAACCAUUUCGCUUUCUGCCUUUAGCAGGUUUAUGAAAGUUUGUGGUUCGGAAUUAGUGCGCCUGGAGUUAUCUUGUGGCCAUUUCCUCAAUGAGGCUUGCUUGGAGGUUAUUGCUGAAGCUUGUUUGAAUCUUCAGGAAUUAAAUCUCUCCUCCUGCGAUAAACUACCACCUCAGGCUUUCAACCACAUUUCCAAGUUACAUAACCUUACACGGCUAAUUCUCUAUCGAACGAAAGUAGAGCAAACAGCAUUGCUCAGCAUUCUCAACUUCUGUUCUGAACUUCAGCACCUUAGCCUGGGUAGCUGUGUAAUGAUUGAAGACUAUGACACAGUUGCAAGCAUGAUGGGAGCUAAGUGCAAAAAACUUCGAACACUGGAUUUAUGGCGAUGUAAAAACAUUACUGAAAAUGGAAUAGCCGAACUAGCUACUGGCUGUCCCCUACUAGAGGAGCUUGAUCUUGGCUGGUGCCCGACACUCCAGAGCAGCACUGGCUGCUUUGCGAAACUAGCAAGCAAACUUCCAAACUUGCAAAAGCUUUUUUUGACAGCCAACAGAUCGGUAUGUGAUUCAGACAUAGAGGAACUUGCUGCAAAUUGUACUAGUCUCCGCCAGCUUGAUAUUUUGGGCACAAGAAUGGUGAGCCCUGCUUCUUUAAGAAAAUUGCUGGAGAGUUGUAAAGAGCUUUCCUUACUUGACGUGUCCUUCUGUUCACAAAUUGAUAAUAGAGUUGUCCUAGAACUGAAUGCCAACUUUCCUAAUGUGCUCAUCAAGAAGAGCUUCACUCAAUGACUCAGUUCAUAUGGUGCUAUAUGGAACUGAUUUGACAAUCUUCUUUCCUGUGAAUGUGUGAUGACUUUUUUUCAAAGAUUUUUUUCCUGUGAAUAAUGGAGAAAAGGUUAACUCUUUUUAAUGUGAAGGUUAAAUGGGAAAUGAAAGAUUUAAAUUUGGAUGGACCAUUAUUCUACUUACUGUAAUGGCAAAUGGACCUCUAUGUUUGAAAUGGAAAGAAUUCUGCUAAUGUAAAGUGGCAUAUAUUUAAAUGCCCAUUAAUGAGCAUUUAAGAGUACUAGGAUAGUAAAGUUAAAAUAAAUUGGUAACACUGACAAAUAGAAGAGAAAAUUCAAUUUAAAAUUUAGAUAUUCCCCUUUAAGAGGCAAACAUGUUUUGGUCAUAGGUGGACCUCAAAUGUCUGAAAAGCAAGUUAAGUAUGAAAUGCAUUUAUUCUAGCAGUAGAUUGAUAGUUAAAAACUGCCAUUUGUUGAAAAGGGGUUGCCUUUUAAUAUUUAUUUCUGAUAAACUAAUUGUUGUUAAGUGUGCCAUCUUAAAGGUACAUUGUACAAAGGAAUCCAAACCCAAAACACAUAUUUUGGUGGUAGUAGCAAUGACAAUUUGAUCUGUAAUUUGCUACCGAACAGAAGGCCAAACCGACAAAUGUACUUUUCUCUGCACAUCUCUUACUUCCUGGCAAAUUAAGCAUAGAAUGAAUAGUAAGUAGCCAAUGAUGAUGUAGGAAAAAUUGUGAGAUCUUGAAAGUUCACACCGAUCUCAAAGCAAACUGAAAAUAUUACCCAUCACUCUCAGUGCUACUUCAUACAUAUCUGUUUUUCAGAUGAACCACCAUGAAGUUAUUUCUGUAGAUAUUUUGGAUUGUGGAUUUUCAUAUUUACAAUUCUAAAUAUUACUAAGAUAAAACUUAAAGAUAAUAUCUGUGAACCAAAUGCUUUUUCUUUUAUGUUGUUUCAAGAAUAAAUUAAAAAACUAA